GCCUCAUCGCAUUGAAGCAACCAAGCAGGUUCCUUGCAUCUCCGCUUGCCGACUAAAAUCGACUCGUUUUGAAGCAACGUUCGUUCCCUUUCCCUCCAUUUCCUUCCUCCAGAAUUAAACCCCCGGCCAACCAAUCUCCGAUGCCGAUCCCCCGCCGCCUCCGCCUCGCGAUCCCCCUCCUGGCCUUCUUCUUCUUCUCGACCUCCGCCGACGAGCUCUCAGUUGUUUCCCAUCCUUCGAAACUUAAACUCCCCUCUGGCCGGCCGGUCGAGGGCUCCCCCGGCUCCCGUCCCGGCUCCGUCAUGACCUGCAACCGGGUCCACAUCCACGGCGUCUCGAGGCUCCGCCAUCCGAGCAAGUACGCCCAUUCGCUCAAGGUUCACCUCUCCGUCGCCCAGGGAGACGCCCUCUUCCGAAUCCAGACCAUCGAGCUCUGCUUUCAUCGGAAUGCGUCAAUUGGGGUAGGGAUGUGCCCUCCUGGCGAGUGGCAGAAGCUUUCCAAGAAUUCAUGGGUUCAAUCCAUGUCGCCGUAUGGAUACGGGAUUUUGGACUUACGGAUGCUGCCGGAUCCAUCAAGGACAAUCGAGAUAUCCACUGAAGAAGAGUUUUUAUUUCAUCGACUAGUGUUUUUGAUUCUGGGGAUGAUUAUGAUGAUGAUGGCCCGUUUUGUGAGCGAGUCAGUGGUUUUCUAUUAUGGUGGUGCGAUGACAUUGGGUAUCAUGGUGGUGAUAUUGAUGGUCCUUUUCCAGGGCAUGAGGCUAUUACCAACGGGUCGAAGGAGUUCACUUGCAAUAUUUAUGUACUCAUCAGUUGUGGGCCUUGGGGCCUUUCUUCUACGAUAUGUAUCUGGGUUAUUGCGUACGAUACUUGUGGAGAUAGGAAUCAGUGAAGACAUGCACAAUCCUCUGGGUAUACUUCUCUUUGUAUGCCUCAUACUAGCUGGAGCUUGGUUUGGUUAUUGGGGUGUCCGCAAAUUUGUACUGACAGAAGAUGGAUUAGUUGAUUCUGGUGUGGCUUAUUUUGUUGAAUGGGCAAUCUAUAUAUUAUCAGCUGUGAUGAUUCUUCAGAGCUCUCUGGACACCCUUUUUGCUGCUGAGGUGCUUGGAUUUGUUAUCAUAGUUUCAGCAAUAACAAGGACACAUGGGAAGUCAAGAUUUCUACGUCGAUUGUUCAGGCGGAUGAUCAAGAGCGUUCACAGAACUCAAGUUCGAACUUCACCCUCCUAUAGUUCUCAUGCUGAAUACUCACGGUUUCAGAGUCCAGGUUCUGGUUCGGCCAAGCAUCGAGCUGGAAAUUUGAACCUAGCUUCUUGCAAUUCCCCAGUCUUCAGUUCACCAAAUAGACGGCCACGGAUGCCAUUCGAGGAGAAUUAUUAUUCCACCUUUCACAGAACCCCUGAGAGGAGGGAAUUCUCAAAGGAAGAAUGGGAUAUAAUUACUAAAGAACACACAAACAAAGCCUUGAAAGAUUUAGUCUCUUCUCGCGAUUUCAAUCAGUGGGCAUUAGCCAAUGUGGAUAGAAUUGUUGUGACACCACCACAAGAUCACAGACAUGAAAGAAGGCGACGAAUUUUUGGAUGGUUGUGAUUUUUUUCCCUGCCGGAACAUGAAUCUCAAGACAGAUUGACACCAGAUUAUAUGUUAGGACAUUGUUAGGCAUGCAGCACGUUGUAUCAGUUGUUGACCAGUGAGAACUCAUUCCUGUUGUAACCUUGUAAAGUUGUUAGAUGGUCCGCACUCAAAUUUUGAUAAACUCUCUGUAUGAUAAUUUAUUAGUUAACAUUCAUUGCUAAUGUUGUCAGCUGUUAGAGAGAGGAAAAAAAGGAAUCUUGUUGACCU